AUGACUAUCGCGAAUGGUACUUGCCAUGCGACUCGCGCGAUUGAAGAGAGUCCCCCACUCUUUCAAAAUGGGAAGAUUAUGAUCCAAGCUCACCACAUUGGUUGGGCGGUCUGUUCAUUGUUCACCUUGAUUGCUAUCGUCAUCUCCUUCUGGCUCAUCAACAAGCACACACGCUGGUACACCAACAAACUCGAGCAACGACACACCAUCCGAAUUCUGUUCAUGGUCCCCAUAUAUGCGGUCGUCAGCACGGCUUCGUUCUUUUGGUGGGAACAUUCAACACCUCUCCUGCUGAUCCGUGAUUGCUACGAAUCGACCGUUCUCACGUCGUUCUUCUACUUGCUUCUGCUUUACAUCUCUCACGAUGAGAAUGCUCAGAAGGAGGUCUUUCGCAAGAACGGGCCCUCCAAGAAGAACGACAGGGAAAGGCUAAGACAAGGCAAAGAGCUCCAACAUUGGGUCUAUCCCUUGAACUUCUUGAAGGCAAAGCCUGCGGAUGGACUCUACUUCCUUCAAAUCAUGAAGUGGGGAAUUCUGCAGUAUUGUGUCAUUCGGCCUGGAACCACGCUUGCUGCUGUUGUCCUCGACUAUGUGGGCUUGUACUGUGAAGAGUCAUGGAGUCUCGGUUGGGGCCAUAUUUGGAUCGUUGUUGUGGUUUCGAUAUCGGUUUCGAUUGCCAUGUACUGCUUGAUCCAGCUGUACAUGGUAGUGAAGGUCGAGCUGGCGCCGCAGAAGCCUCUUCUCAAGCUCUUCGCCAUCAAAGCAGUCGUGUUCUUAACGUUCUGGCAAGCAACGUUCCUGUCGUUACUGACCAUGUUUGGAAUCGUGAAAGACACACCUACCAUGACAGCUAAUGACAUAAAUAUCGGAAUUGGGGCCAUCGCUGAGACAACGGAAAUGGCUCUGUUCGCGGUAUUGCACCUUUGGGCGUUUUCGUACAAGCCCUACUACACUGGCGACAACGGCGGAGAGUCGACCCCACGUUGGCGAUCCCUUGGGCAUGCCAUGAACUUCCAGGAGACUUUCGUGGAGCUGUGGUCCGGCACUGUAUACAUGUGGUACAGGUACCGUGGCAAGGAGGUCGACGUUCAAGCUCAUCGCCAAGUCGCCCUGGAAAACGUAUUCGGACGGUCGAGAUAUGACAUUUCCCGCGAAGCGAAUGAACCCAAGGUGGCGACUGGAGAGAAGGAGCUCAACGUGUCGGUGAUGGUUGAGAAGGAGGUGCGGAUUGGUGAAGAGCAACAAUGGCUGGGUCUGGGAGACGAGUAUAAGUAUGGGCUGGGCUAUCAGUCGAGGAGACAGCGGGAGCGAAGUGAGGGUCUGGAGUCACAGAUUGAGAAAGAGUUAUCCCGGCGCGGAUACACUCUGCGAGGAAACCCUACUACCACAUAUACUCCCAUUAUAAACGAAGAAGCCGCCGAAGCUCCCAUCACCGGACACCAUCACGCUCAGUCAUCCUGGUGGCGCCGCUUCUACCCUCGGUUUUCGCAAUCUGGCCCUGGUCCAGACAGCGAGGCCUCACCCCAAGGCAGUUUCCCGAACUCCCCCCGCCGCUCGCGUCACCUCUCAAGCUUCAUGCCCAAUGUUAAAGAACACACGUACGAAGACCCCCCUCCACCAUCUGCCAUUCGGAUGUAUCGCGAGAGCAAGCUGAAUGGCGGCCCACGGAACUCAAAGCAAAACUCUCAACCUGCUUUCGAACCUUUACUUUUGGCAUCCUUCGGCGUUCCACCAGGGGGUCCCCCUGAUGCCCAUGCACAAAGCCGUCCUACUCAAUCACCAAGCCAUUACUUGAGACAUCCGGUACUCGCUCCUCUUGAGUCGAUGGCUUCGUUGUCAACCCCUGCACUUCCGUCACCGAGCAUGCAGUCGCUCCAGGCGGAUAGUUAUCUCGAGCGCGCCUUUGCAGGGUCUAUCGACAUUGGCUCGUCAGCAGAAGCGCUACUCUCCGGACCAUCGUCUCAGGCGCACCACGCUCAGAUUAAAUUUGGCGGCGUUCCUGAGGUGGCUACUAGGGAUAAGAUGGUUUUGAAGAUACCAGUGCUCGUGGACCCUUCCAUCAUGAUCGCCUCUACCCCAGUCAGCCGUUCAACCACUAUGCAGACCAUUACGCGUCCCGCUGCCAUUGCAGGCCCGUCGUCGCCGGUCCCCCCUCAGCCGCUUGCAUUCCGGUCUCAGCCGCCACAAUCCCCCCCACUCGCCGGUUCCCCGCCCGGGCGUGCGCCCACCAGCUCCCGACCAUCGAGCGACACGCAACAAUGGCGACGCUCGUCUCACAAACGGGAUUCGGCGCAGUUCUAUCCUGAACCUCGCGCGCUCUCGCCUCCUCAGGUUGUCUCACCCGUGAUGCAGUCUCCGCCCCAGUCCCCUGGCACCCAGCCGCGCCUGAGCCGAUCCAGCGCAGCUUACUCGAGGGGCACGCGGCGAGAUUCCAGGGGAGGCGUUCAAUACCCGACACCGCCUACCAUGCAAUACACCCCACCCAGCCGCCCGAUGAGUCGAUAUGUCCCUCGAAGGGAUCAGAUCGUCCUUCCCGCACCUCUGGCGCCCCAGAUGCUUCCGGUUGCUGCUGCCGAGAGCCCUGCUCAAGAACACACCCCUGCGAGAUCUCGCGGUUCUCCGCCGCGCGCAGAGCGUAGGAGCCCGCCGUACUCGCCACUGUUCACCAACCCUCCGUCCAAAUCCUCGCCAUCGAGGUAG